AUGUGUCUUCCGAAAAACAAAUUUCCUUCGAAAGAAAAUCAACUCAGGCAGGCAGCCGCGCUCGCAGCAGGUGCACUGGAUUUGAAGCUUUUAAUUGAAAGACAACAUCUCCCGCCUGAUGUCAGCGGAAAAGCUCCUUUGGACAUGUCGCAAUACCAGCGUAUCUUCAGUGUUUACCGCACGCCUGCUAUAGCCUGCGACCAACUGGAUUUCAAUACGCCCCUCGAGAAAUCUGGAAAACACGUGGUAGCCAUACACAAUGGCCAGAUCUUUACCUUCAACGCGUACGAUGCCCAAGGAGUGCCCCACGACGAAAGCAGGAUCCUCGCCCAGCUCAUCCGAGUCGUGGAAAUGUCUCCCGAGAAGGACGUCGGCGUGGGCAUUCUGACGGCGGAAGACAGGAACGUCUGGGCGAAGGUGUACGCCAGUCUUGGCCAGAAUUCUCUGAACGAAGCGUCUUUGGAAGCGAUCAAGAGGGCUUCACUCGUGGUGUGCCUUGACGGCAGACUGGACGACGUGGAUCCCUAUGAGGUGGCCUGGCCCCGGCAGGUAUACAAGGGCGGUCCGAACGCCGAAUCUGCAGCCAAUCGAUGGUGGGACAAGCCGGUUCAGGUGAUUGUCGGGGAAGACGGAGGGUCUGCACUUCUCUACGAUCACACAGCCUUCGACGGCUCUGCGAUGGCUGGAGUCACGAAUCACUGCUAUCAUUACGCCCAGAAGGCAGGGAGCUUCGAAGCAUCUAAGGACGGCGAGGAAGGUGCUCCUCAGAAGCUGGAAUUCGUUCUUGGGCCUGAUACCUUACACGACAUAGAAAAAGCAAAAUCGUCCCAUGCAAGAUAUACUGGCGGUACUGAAAGGCUCUUCUAUCAAUUUUCCAACUAUGGAAAAAAGUUCAUCCAGUCGUGCAACAUCAGUCCGGACGGCUACACGCAGAUGGCCGUUCAACUGGCGGCCUUCAGGUGUACUGGCACCCCGGUCAUGGCGUAUGGAGCGUCUUCGGCUCGCCAAUUCCUUCACGGACGAGCUGAUGUAUUUCAUUCCUCCUCGAAAGAAAGCCUAUCAUUCUGCAAGGUCUUUGAUAACCCUUUAUCAAGCAGGGAAGAGAAGGAGCAG